AUGGGUUCGCUCGCUAGCUUCCUCUUCGUUUACGCCCUCGGUGGAAUCACUUUCAUUCCACUAGUUCUGUCCUCAAUCAUCCUCUAUGCCUACUUGACCCUUCCAUCUGCGCAACUGCCGCAAUCAUGCGAGAAAGCGCCCGAUCCCGUCCGCCAACCUACCGAUGACGACUUUAGUCUGAAGUCUGGCACCGACCAGCUGGCGGAGAAAUUCCAUCGCACCCACGAGUCCGAUGUCGCUGCUGGAUACUUUGCUGUCUGUCGUGAAUAUGUUCCCGGUGGGGUGAAUGGGAAGCCCCCCGAGAGAACGACCCCCGCGGGGGAAGUCGUUGCGGCCGAAAGUCCUAGUGUGUACCAGACUAUGUACCGGAGCCUGUUCGAUCGAAAGCAGGCACCUAGCAUCGACCCGGCGAAGGCGAAUGGAAAGAUGACGAAACGGGCGCGGAAUGUCUUUUACAUUGUUCUCCGACAUGGCCACCUAAUGCUCUACGAUGAUGUAAAUCAGGUCGAGGUGCGGUAUGUCAUUUCGCUUGCUCACCACGAUGUGACCAUAUACGGCGGAGAGGGGGACAUCCCAGAAGGAGAGUUGUGGCUCAAAAGAAACGCCAUAUGUCUCUCUCGACGACUGGCUUCGCUUGGGGAUCUAGGAGGGCCAACUCCGCCGUUCUAUCUUUUCUCUGAAAACCUGUCUGAGAAGGAGGAUUUCUAUGUCGCCAUGCUGCAGAAUCAAAGCCGGUUGUGGGACUCGUUUGAUCGCCCACCCAAGCACCAGGAGUUUGAUACCAAGCAUAUUGUCACAUUGGUUCAGCGUUUGCAUUCCUCCGAAGAGCAGUUGCAGACACGGUGGAUCAAUGCUUUCCUUGGAAGGUGGUUCCUAGCGAUGUACCGGACACCUGAGUUGGAAGAAUUUGUGCGGAGUAAGAUUGUCAAGAAGAUCUCUCGCGCCAAUAAACCCAAUUUUAUUAGCAAGAUCGGCCUCCAGAGAAUUGAUAUGGGCGAAGGGGCUCCGUUUAUCACCAACCCAAGACUGAAGGACUUGACGGUGGACGGCAAUUGCUGUGUGGAGGCCGAUCUGCAAUACACUGGAAACUUCCGGGUCGAGAUCUCGGCGACUGUGCGCAUUGACUUAGGCCCUCGAUUCAAGGCAAGAGAGGUCGAUAUUGUCCUUGCCGUUGUGUUGAAGAAACUUGAAGGCCAUUUGUUGGUACGCUUCAAGCCCCCACCCAGCAAUCGCAUCUGGAUGUCUUUCGAAACCACGCCGAAGAUGGAAAUGGACAUACAACCAAUUGUCAGCUCCAAGCAAAUCACAUAUAGCCUCAUCCUGCGCACGAUCGAGAGCAAGAUCCGCGAAGCAGUGGCAGAGAGCAUCGUUCUGCCUUUCUGGGACGACGUUCCCUUCCACGAUACCUUCGGUCAGGCUUUCCGCGGUGGUAUCUGGCAGCGGGAUACUCCAGAGUCGAAUUCUCAGGUAGAAAUACCAGAGAUACCCGAUGAAUCAGGCGAAACCCCUCCGACCCCGAAGAGCGUUGGCAGUGAUACCAUUGAAGUCCUCAAGUCCAAGGAUGAUCGUACGAUGAGCAUGCCUAUCCUUUCUGAGUCCGGAACGACCAAGAAAAAGCUGCGCAAAGGCCACAAAUCUCCUCUAUCAGAUCUGCAAUCGAACAGAUCCACUGCAACUUCCACUGGUGUUGAAAGAUCGGACAGCACACCGCUGCCUCGAGCUAUUCGGUCACAGACCUUCUCUCAUGCUGCAGAUCCUGUGCUCACAGCAGACAAUGCCAAGGUUGACAAGCCUGUUCCGGGAAACAAAUGCGAGGAGAAGAGUCAUGCAACAAGCGCCAUGAUAGAGAUAUCAAACCGGUCCCCACCUACAUCUCCGCAACGAACCCCGGGCCUCGCCACCUACAGGUGGCCUUAUGAUGCCAGAAAAUGCGAGACCUACUUCUACUCGCAUGGAGAGUGGGUCCUUCUCCAGCUUGAGAAGCUCUCGGGCAGUUCCGCCGUGUCCGUUGUCAGCGACACGGCUCCACGACGCAGCACAAUUGAAACCAUCACUAAAACCUUUACAUCUUCUGACGACAGGUCUUCUGGUCCAAUGACUCUUGGGCAAGCGACUGCCGCUGCCAAGAAAUGGAGUUGGAGCAUGUUUGGUAAAGGUGACACAAAUAACGGUCAAGAAUCGCCGCGGGCUCCUUCAGGCACGCCGAACCAACCGAUUGGGCGUGGCCAUCCUCAUCCACCACUCGGAACACCCUUACCGCACCCAGACAAAUAUGCCCUGAAGAGGAACUCAGGGACAUUGCCCAAGCGUAAACCCGUGGCGGCACACACAGUGCCUGAACGCCCCAAGACGGGAGACCAACAGACCCUGCCAUCACAUUUACCUCGCAGGAGACCCACGGCCCCUGAAAUGCGUGAUGCGCACGGUGCUGAUGAACUUCUCGUGGUGGAGGCACCUCAAGAAUCUGAGCCUAAUAGCCCGGCCCCUGGGGACCCGGAAUUAGACUCUAGUCUGAUAGCCCCGAGUACUGUCGACAGUGAGACAUCAGCAAAGACCGAACAACUUGAGGCUGAUUCCGAAGAGCAAGAAGAAUUGCCCGCUGUUGAAUCGCCGUGCUCUGUUGAUCAGGCGCCUUCUUCAACUCUAGGCAAUCAUGAGGCCUUGCCAUCUACUGAAAGCGUGGAAAUACCCUCAUCGUAA